AUGUCCACCCGCGGGCAGUUCAACACCAAGAACCCGACUAUCAAGCGGAUAUUAAAGGAAGCUUCAGAACUCUCUACGUCGCCCUCCUCCGACUACCAUGCCGAACCUCUAGAAACCAACCUCUUCGAGUGGCACUUUACCAUCCGCGGCCCGCCCGAGCCAUCGCCCUAUGCCGGCGGCAUCUACCACGGUCGCAUAGUUCUCCCAUCCACGUAUCCUCUCCGCCCGCCGUCGUUCCGCUUCCUCACGCCCACUGGACGCUUCGAAGUCAAUCGCGAAAUCUGCCUAAGCAUAUCAGGCCAUCACGAAGAGACAUGGCAACCAGCAUGGGGUGUGCGCACAGCUCUUGUUGCGAUAAGAAGCUUCAUGGACACAGACGCGAAGGGACAGCUCGGCGGCAUCGAAUGCAGCAGAGACGCACGUGAGCGCAUGGCCAAAGACAGCGGGGCAUGGAAAUGCGCUGGCUGUGCCAAGAGCAACGCCGAGAUUAUGCAGGAGAGGGAGGAGCUUGUCAAGGAGAUCGAGGAGAAGGAAGGCAAGAGGAAGGACGAGGAAGUUCCUGAGGAGCUGAGACUAGCUUAUCGCGACGAGCUAGGCAAGCAAGGAGAGGAUAAGAAGGUGGAUAAGGGUAAGCAGCGGGCAGUAGAGAGUUCUGCUGAGGCCGCAUCGUCUGCAUCGCCCUCAGAGCCUGCGCCUGCAGCUCCAGUUAUAGCCCCAUCGCGACCAGCUCCUACAGUGCCCAUAGUGAGACCUACAAGGACAACAACCGCGCCACCGCCUCAACAGGUUGCCCAACGCAGUCCAGACCUGGCUUGGAUUGACACUUGUAUCUACGGAGUAGUGGUCGCGCUACUGUUCAUGGUGCUCAAGAGCAGUGGCAUGAAUAGCAACACCGGUACAAGUAGGAGUAACAGCGCCCCCAAGAUGCAUCACAAGCGCGACGACUCCACGCGCCUUAUGGCUGGCUUCCAGAAGGUUUUCGGCUACCAUCGCCGUAAUAACAGUGUCCCACCAAGCUCUGAUCUUUAUAUCCCAAGCAGGACUUCUAUGCCUGCACUAGCUACAUCUAGCUCUACUUCUAAAAGACUCUACCGUUUCCAGUCGCCUAAGCAGAAGACGUAUGCUACUUCGACUCCUCCUCCACCUUCGACGGCGAACAACACCACUAGGCUUUCAAACAGGGUUCCUUCGAGCACUCCACCCACAAGCCCAUUCACACCACCUACAAGCGCGCAUUCUGAAACGACGAUAUCCAACAAAAGGCAUGUCAGCGUCACCUCUAUUACACCACUGACCAAGUCUGUAACCCAUCCUGCUGGACCUGGCAUCAAGACUCAGGCGGACCCCGGCUUUCCAAACGACAUGGACACGAGCGCCGACAGUCGCCCGAUAGUUCGAACAACUUCCCAGCCAGUGGUCGUCGAGUCGACUCACAACAGUUCUGAUGCCUACGCCGAUGAAUUAGAAGCCGCUUUGGCGGAUAGGCGAGCAGCAGAAAAGCUGCUGGCGCAGCGCCAUGCCGCCAUUAUGCCACGGGCGGAUACCAGCGAACUUCCAAAGCCUUCAGGAAUCGUUCUAAAGAAGAACGGUGUCAGGGAUGGUCAUAAUAUAGCUCGUCUCCCGAGUAGUCUCUCUCCGUCCACCCACCGUCGAACCAGCCUAAGAACCGCAAACCAGGAAAUUGAGGCUCUACGUCGACGCAAAGCCAUAAAAGAUCUCACCUUCUUUGCAGCGGAUGGCUGUCCUACCAACAUCGACAUCAUGGAUCAGAUCAAUGCCCACUUUCAUCUUCAAGCCCGCCACGCUGAUGGCGAUAUACCUGAUGCCACCUUCAACGUCAACGGUAUAAGUAUCCGUGCGAGCGAAAUGCCCAAAGGCUCUGUUGAGCGUAACUGGAUCAUACGAUACAAUGCCGUAGUCAACAACGCUGAGCUCGUCGAGCGUCGACUUAUGAACAGCGAGGAUCACGAGAUGAUCGUCGCACAGCUCUUCCCCGAGGACCGUAGACACAUACUGAAGCCAGAGCACUUUGAGAUCUUUAUGAAUGGCCUUGGUGAAGAAGGCAUCCUUACAAAAGCACAGGCCAAGUCCAUUGCUGCUGUCGCCGUAUCUUUAGAAGAGUUUGAGCAGGGUGUACAUUAUGUUCAAGACUCGAGAAACAAACACGCUCAUCGGCGCAAUACCACUGCGGCUGCCAUCUUCGACAUUCCUCGGCAGGCUAGUCGAGGUGUCUCAUCGUUUCCAUAUCGUCAGGCGAACGGUGAGGGUCAGCAUGAGCUAUACCACUACCUUCGCAUCCUAGUCGAAGCCGCAGUCUACGAUCAGAAGUUUUGGAAAGGAUACUUCUUUCCCAAUGCUCGCAGCAGAUUCAACGACUUCUAUGAAGCUUACAAGAUCACGCAGGAGAAUUGGCUCCUCCCUCCAAACCUGACAGACUACAAGCGCGAGUGGACACACCGCGAGAUCCGCCUCUUACACCGCGGUCAGCUCAUUUGCAACCUGCUCAAACAAUACGAAGCUGGCGAGAUAACCGACUUUGGUAUUGUCCGCGCUAUUCGCGCAACCUUUGUCGGCAUCCCAGCGCAGCCCUCCUGGUGCCCCGAAGACCUUGAAUCCUUCCUCUAUCAUCGAAUCAACGAAUCUGGUCUUGCUAUUUCCAAGAUCCCAGAGAUACUCGCCUUGCAUCCAGAGCACGACACGACGUUUGCCAACUAUCGGCUUCGUCAGCACGUUAUCAAUGGGCUACGAGAGCGCGCUGAGCAAUUUGAAAAGGAAGAGGCGACGAGGCUAAAGGAAAUCAAUAAGAGUUAUAUGACCUUCGAGCACGCUAAGAGGAAAGGAAUGACUAGGUGGGAGAGGAUGAAAGAAGGAUUGAAGAAGGCGUUUGGGAAGAAGCAGAUUGUGGUACCUUUCGACCCAUUUGCGCCAGACCAUGCACUCAUUAGAGCAGAACUUCCAUGGCUGUACCAUCAGCGUAUGUCUCGCAACCAUCAGCCUGCGGGUGGUUUGCCCGUAGCCUUCCUACGCUGCUUUACGAAUGCCAACGCAUCGACACUUGUGGCUUACUUCGCCUCGACGUUUUCGGUUAGACGCACGCAGCCUUCUUCUGCCUUGCCAAUCAUGGACGACUUCCAGUUCCAGGACUUCGGGCUCCCACUUUGGUUAGAUGGUUGGUCUACGGAGCAAGCGUACUAUGUCCCUCGAAGCUGGAUCACAACACCGAACACCUUCGACUGGCAUACAGGGGUCCAGGACCAUAUCGUUCCAAACAACUACAUUCCUCCCGAACUUUAUGUGAACUGGCCCAACCAGCGAAUGUCAGCCCCUCGUGGAGAUUUUGAGUUCUCCCGGAACAAUCCUGCACUUCAAGAUAUAACUAGCUACUCAAGUACCUCGGUCCCUGAGAUUGGCUAUAUUGAAAGUAACGCUCUUGGUAAUGUGUUGAGUUCUUCUUCUACGGUAGGCCAGGCCGUCGAGGUUAGGCCUGCUAGCUUUGCAGCACCCCAGUCACAGCCGCAUCAUGUCCAAAAGCUGUGUGGCAUGUAUAACUGUGGAUUUCGCUAUGUCGUGGCACAAGAUGGCAAACAUCAUAUGCAGACUAUGCAUCGUGACAUAAAUUCAUGCGGUCAGUGUCAGGAAGUGUUCAUGACUAUAUGGGAAUUAGAGUCACAUGCUUCCAAACUUAGCCACGCUGCUUUCGUCUGCAAGCAAGAGGGCUGCGAGAAGGGAUUUUUCCGAUCGGAUACAUACGACAGACAUCAACGAACUCAUCAAAAGGACGUCAGGCGUUUCUCUUGCAAAUAUUGCAAGAAAUACAGAGGAAAGAAUGGCUUCAAACGCAAAGACCAUCUCACCCAGCAUGUUCGGAACUACCACCAUAUCGGUGAAGAUUGCGCCCCUAUCAUGGUCGAGCGCAAGUGGUGCCCAAAAGUAUAUUGCACAAAGUCAAAGCCAGCCGAAGCACACUGGUCCUCUACUGAGAAUGCCUUCUCAUCGUCGAAAGAAUGGAUCAACCACAUGCGCACUGAGCAUGACGAAUCCCAGUUUUCCUGCCCGCAACCAGGCUGCGAUCGCGUCAAAGGGCAAGGCUACUUCCGCGGUGCCGACCUACGGAGCCACCUGCGCAAAGUCCAUGGCACGGAUGGGUCUUUCGCUAUGAGAAUUGAAAAUUACCUAGGUGUUUGA